ACCAUGGGGGUGAUGUCUUCUCUCCCUUCCCUUAGCACUGGCACCUGGCCAUGCACCUACACCUUCCCCAGCAUCACUGCUGCACCCCUCCAGGAAGCUUUGCCACUUCUGCAGCUCAUGCACAAAAGCCAGAGUUUUUAUUAUGGGUUUGGGAUUAUUUUUGUCCUUUCUCUUGCCUAAAAAGAUGCUGAAAUCUCUCAAAGAAAAAUUAUUUCCAUGUGAUUGCAGCACUUUCUUUCUUGGCUGGAGCACUGGAUGUGGUUUUGGGUCUGUGGUUUUUGGUAUUUUUUUGAUUUUAUUCACAAUAUUUUUGGUCUUCAUUUCCAUCUCGGAGAGGCAUCGUGCAACCCAACAGACUGGCUGCGAGUCCUAAGGAAACGACAGCAGGACAAAAGCACAGGAACCCAGCAUGAGUGGAUACAAGGAAAGUAACAAGAAAAAACCUUGCUUUUGCAAGCAACCCAGCUGCUGGGUUUCAUAAGGAGCAGGACUGACUUUCAGUGUUUCAUUUGGACUCACGCUAAGAAGCUGCAGCCGCCACCAAGAACUGAAAAACCUGAAUGAACAGCAGCUUUCAUAUUAUGCAUCCUGCUAAGCAACUGCAAGGAAAGUAAGAGACAGGUUCUGAGUCUCAAGCUGGCUCUGCCGAAGAUGAGAGCUGUGUUUCUCCUGCUCUUGGUGUCCACUGCGAAUGUCGGGGCUGUGAUGGAAAAGGGUCUGCCUAGACGGCGCCUCUCGUGCGUGCGAUGCUGCGGGCCUUCAGAGCAGCCCAUCUCCAUCAUCUCCUCGCGGUACACAAGGAUGAGCAGCGACCCGGCCUAUUCAGUACCCAAAGUCCAGCCCACCAUAGAUAUCACCAUCCUCAAAGGUGAGAAGGGUGAAAUGGGAGAGAAAGGGUACCCUGGAGCAGUUGGGAAGGAAGGAGAAAGAGGGCUGCGUGGCUUGAACGGACAGAAAGGCCAGAAAGGCCAGCCUGGCCCUCAAGGGCAUUCCUGCAAGCAGCUCUACGCUGCUUUCUCGGUGGGUCGGAGAAAACCCCUUCAUAGCUCAGACUACUUCCAGCAUGUCACUUUUGACACCGAGUUCGUGAACCUGUACAAGCACUUCAACAUGUUCUCAGGGAAGUUCUUCUGCUAUGUCGCAGGAAUCUACUACUUCAGCCUCAACGUCCACACCUGGAACUUCAAGGAGACCUACCUGCACUUGAUGAAGAAUGAGAAAGAGGUGGCCAUUCUCUAUGCCCAGCCCAGUGAUCGGAGCAUUAUGCAGAGCCAAAGCCUAAUGCUGGAUCUGCAGGAAGGAGAGGAGGUCUGGGUGAGGAUGUUCAAAAGGGAGCGAGAAAAUGCCAUCUACAGUGAAGAGUCUGAUAUUUACAUCAUCUUUAAUGGCUAUUUAAUCAAGCCAGCCAUAGAGUAGCCAUUCAUCUACUUUAGGCUCAAAGCUUUGGUAGAUACGUUAGUGUCUUCCCUCUUAGAAAUGCAUAUGCCUAGUUCUACCUGGAAGGAUUACAGGCCUCCUGGCCUGCUGACAGGGUUGUGUCCAUACAAAGGACACCGAUGUGGAUGGAGGUGACUGUGCUUCAAGGUGAUGCAAGCUACACAAGUACUGAGAAGGCUUCAGCCCUUGUUUGCCCUGCAGAAGAAGCACACAGAAAGAUAUGUAUAGAUCCCCAAGAGUCUGCCAAGCUGGUAGCAAAACCUUAACCUCUUUCCUUUGCUUUAAAGAACACUUUUUAAUUAUAUCUAAGGGUUAUCUCCAGUACCAGUCAUCUGGGUGCUAGUUAAGGAUUCAAUCCUACAACACAACUUGGGUAUAUUUGCUGUGUGCAGAAUUGCCAACAAGAGCCCAUCCUCAUCAGCACCAACACCAAAUCUGCUCCACUCAGGCGGGCAAGAAUGCACUGGCAAUAAGAACAAUGUAUUGCACGGUGCGCUUACCCUAAAUUAUGUUUCUGUUCCAUUGCAGGUAAUAUUGCCUUCUGAGAGCAUAAAUCUAGAAUUAGAUGAAUAAUGGCAUAUGGAUGUAGCAAAGCUUUUCCAGAGGCACAGUUUUAAGCACUGCUGUAGCCACAUGCUGUAACUUUGCCAGACUUCUGUAUCACUAGCAAAACUUCUCACACAAUGACAUCCAGCAUGGCUGGGGACCUGAGUAUUUUACAUUUUAAGGAAAAUAGUGGGCCCUGCCUUAGGAUCUAGUGGUCUUGAGUAGUUUCUGAGUGGUCAUUCCCAAGCUGGAAUUUGAAGCCCUGCUCAUAAGCUAUCACCUUACAGGACCCCGAUUUCUGGGAAGUGGAGAAGAAAUUGGAAAGAAAAAGGUGCUUUACUGCAAGCAGUGAUAUUUUAGGGGAUCCAAUUUCUUUUUUCCUAAAAAAAUAUUGUCAGAACAGUUGAAAGGUAUAUGCAGCAAGAAGAAACGUCGUUUUCCUCAGUUCCUCCUUGUCUGAGGCCCAAGUUUCUUGUGUGCAUCUGGAGCCAUUUGUGUGAAGAAUACAUAAAGAGUUCUUGUUAGGCAAACUGCUUUGCUGCUGUACCUCGUCUGUUCACAGCUCCUUGGGAAAG